CUGAAAAAGGUGGCUAAAAAGUAAAGAAGGGACUCUCUAUGCAAAAGUUUAGAUUCGUAUCGUAGUGAUUGAACUGUUCUACUGAACGGGACACGUCUGUCUUGGAAAUGAUGGUAAGAUAGACUUUGAAUCUAAACUGGAUAUUUUCUUUUUUACGAACCGAAUCAAACGGGUUAAUGGGUUCCAUAACAUUAUCAUUAAGUAUUUGAUUACAAUAUUUUAAUUAAUGUUAACAGAAAAUAAAAUAUCUUGGUUGAAGAAUUAAAUUUAUGAAAAUCAUUAAGGCUACAUUGUCAUUUAUUAUUGAUAAACAAAACGUAAAAGACGAGACAAAAAAAAAAAGAAAAAGAAGAGACAAAUUUGGCUAUGAAACCAAAAAAUCAAGCGACUAAAAAAACCCAUAAAGACCUCAACAAAUAACUUGAGUUCAACAAUGGCGAAUCCACUAUCUUCUUCUCAAUCCAACCGACCUUUCUUCGUCAGAUCACUUGCUGGACACAACUCGAAUCUAAUAAUUCCUGAUGCGUUUUUCACGGCUCACUUGAAGGAUAAAACUGGCUUAACGAAAUUGAAACUGACUUCUGACGCUUCGGAUAGAACCUGGGAUGUGAAACUGAACGGCCGGAGAUUCGCCGGCGGCUGGGAUGAUUUCUCCGCCGCACACUGUCUUCGAGACGACGACGUUUUGGUUUUCAGACACGACGGGAAAAUGGUUUUCCACGUCACACCUUCCGGUCGCAGUUUCUCUCAGAUACAUACAUCUUCUAGCUACGGUGACUACGACAAUGAUGAUAACGAUGAUGAUGGAGGCGAUAGUGAUGAUGAAGAUGAUAAUUAUGAUGAUGAUGAUGAGACAGGGGGCGAUGAUUCAGAUCCGAAGAAGGAAACAAGAUUUAAAGGAGAGUCUUUUUCAUCGGAAAACUCUUGUUUUCUCGGCGUUACACCUUCCAACCUACGCCUAAAUCGAGUGAGUUUUUCAAAACAUUUUUCGAGAACAAAUGGUUUGACCAAGAGAUGGUGUGUGAUUGAUCUAAUGAAUCUAAGUGGGGAAUCAUGGGCUCUGGGCCUGCGACACAACAACAGAACUGGUCAGGAUUAUAUCCGUGGACACUGGAGAAGUUUCUGCCGUGCAAAUGAGAUGAAACCCGGAUCUUCCUACCGGUUUAAGCUUGUCCGGAAUGGGACAAGGCCUUUGCUACGGUUGUGUUCUGAAGUUAUUCCAGAAGGAAACCGUUCCAGAGCAAAUGGAAAAGAUAAUGUUUCGGAAAAGUAUAGCAGGGCAGCUGGGAGUGCUUCAACGAAGCAGAACAAGUUUCUGACCGUAACCUUUAAGCAUUACAUGAUCCAGUCAGGACACCUUCGUCUUCCGAGAUCAUUUGCGAGGGAGAACGGGAUCAAGGAGGCAGAAGAGAUAAUUCUAGUGGACAAAAAUGGAGUAAAGUGGCCAUCCUAUGUAGCUUCUGCCAAACAACGAGGAGAGUUUUACAUGGCACAUGGUUGGAAAAGGUUUUGUGAAGCCAAUAAGUUAAACACGGGAGACACCUUCACUUUGGAGUUUGUUCGAGGAGAAGACACAACUCCUAUGCUCAAGUUCUGCUCCAAGGCCAAGGUCAAGAUAGAACAAGAAGAGGCUCCAGAAGAGACGGAGACUCCGUUUCAAAAGAGAGCUCGAGUGUCUGCAGAAGUAGGACACUCUCGUCGCACUCAGACACCAAACAAAGCCAGUCAUGAUCCAAAAAUCUUGCAGCGCAAGCAACCACUUCAACCCUGCUCAUUCUCUGACCAAGCGAAAAAGGUGAAACAGAGUAUUGUAAACAUUUUAACUGGUAUAAAACGGUUUCGGUCAGAGCUCGAGAUAAAGGAGCAGAGUUUAGAAGCUGCGCUGCUGGAAAUCGACGCCUUAGGGGAGAAAGUAUCGGAAAUCAACAAAAUCCUCAAGUAAUCAUCAAGUCUAGAAGUGAAGUGAAGAUUAGGAAAUGGAACAUGAACUUUUGCAAACCUUGUUUGUAUCUAGAACUCGUUCAACAAUCGAGACAAGUAGUUUCUUUAGUAAAUGAUAUUAAUAUGAUUUACGUGUUUGUGAAAAUCGAAACUCGGUAAUUCAGCUGACUUCUAAAAGGUCUUUGGACGUGAGAUUGUUUAAAGGGAUCAGACGAUCAGUUUGAUUUUUUAACGAUAUGUGCUUGUGGGGAUGAUUCGUA